AUGGCCUGGACAUAUCAUGUCAGGCUUCUUUUCACCAUCACUUUGGUCUUACAAAUCGUCCGCUUGGGAAAAGGUUUUGAUCAAAAAGAGAAACCCAAAAGCAACGGAGGAGAACACAUCAAUACAACAGCCCCAAAGCAACAGCCCGCAAAUCACCACAGAACUUUGAAUAUCAUCAGCGAGCUGAACAGGAGUUCUGAGAGCCCAAAACAGCUCCAUUCCAGGCCAUUUAUACCUUUUCUUGGGUUUAGAGAUGGUACCAAACACUGCUGUCAAAAUGGAGGGACCUGUGUCCUGGGCAGUUUUUGUGUCUGUCCAAGGUACUUUGUUGGGCGACACUGUGAACACGAUGAGCGAAAAAGCAACUGUGGUGUCUUUGCCCACGGAGACUGGGUCUACAAGGGCUGCUACCUCUGUAGGUGCAUCUACGGGAAGCUGCACUGCUUCAGAGACCCCACAUUAAACGACUGUGCUACCCAAGGUACAACCCAGCUCAAAGCCAACGUGAAAGACCAGCUGACUGUGAGCUUCCAAGCCUUCCAGGCUUCUCUGGCCCAGUGA